AUGUCCUUCACAGCAGGCCCCGUAUAUCCCGCAAACCCAGCCACAGCACGCUCAGAGUCCACCAAGCUCGCCGUAGACCCAAAGGGCGAACGCAUCGUCUAUACCAAUGGCCGUGCUGUUGUCAUCCGUGACCUCAAUCACCCUGGCCUCUCCCACGUAUACACCCAGCACACCCAGAACGCCACCGUCGCCCGCUUCUCGCCCUCGGGCUACUACUGUGCUUCUGCCGAUGUAGCAGGUAACGUCCGCAUCUGGGACGUCACCCAGACGGAAAACAUCUUGAAACUCGCUACUCGCCCUCUGAGCGGCAAGAUCAACGACCUCGCAUGGGACGGCGAGAGCAAGCGAAUCAUCGUCGGAGGUGAAGGCAAGGACAAGUUUGGUGCUGCCUUCUUGACCGACACUGGGUCUUCUUGCGGUGAGAUUGCAGGCCACGCAAAGCCAAUCACGGCAUUGUCUGUACGCCAGCAGCGUCCAUUCCGAGCCAUUUCUGGUUCUGACGACAAUUCGCUCGUGUUUCACAAUGCUGUGCCGUUCAAGUAUGACAAGAUGAUCAACACCCAUACUCGAUUCGUCCGCGAUGUGGCGUUUUCUCCUAACGGAGACUUGUUUGCAUCUGUGGCUAGUGACGGAAAGCUGUUCUUCUAUGAGGGCAAGACGGGAGAGCUCAAGGGGGAGGCUGAGAGGGAAGGUACUUCUAGUUUGAUGGCGUGCUCUUGGAGCCCUGAUAGCAGCAAAAUUGCUACCGCUGGUGCUGAUGGAAUCGUCUCUAUUUGGGACGCAUCCACCCUCAAAUCCGCCCAGACAUACAACGUCGGCUCCGACGUCUCUGCCCAACAGAACGGCGUCGUCUACGCCAGCCCCAACACUCUCGUCUCCGUCUCCCUCUCUGGCGCGCUCAACAUCUUUGACACUCGCGAAUCCUCUUCCUCCAAAUGGCGUAUCCUCCACGGACCUACUAAAGCUGUCACAGCAUCGACUCUGACAGAGAGCGAUGAAAGGCACGCGACCUUCUUUGCUGGGUCGUUUGACGGCAGCUUGAAGAAGUUUGAUAUCGGAGAAGGGUAUGGAGAGCAGGAAGGGACGUGUGGCGAUGUCGAAGGGACCGGUCACACCGCCCGGGUCGCCGCCCUCACUUCGGACGGGAAAGGUAAAGUCUGGUCCGCCGGCUGGGACGACAAGGUCUCCUCUAUCGAAAACAACGCCUUCACCUCCACUUCCAUCCCCACCAAAGCCCAACCGACCGGCCUCGCCGUCACCCCCGACAACGUCUACAUCUCCACCACCGCCGACCUCUCCGUCUCUGGCCCUUCCCCUUCCACCAUCUCCUCUGAGGGCACUUCUGCCGUCGCUGUCCACUCCGGGCCAAACUCUGAUCUCAUCGCAUCCGCAAACGGCAAGACCCUCACCCUCUCAUCCACAUUCCCGUCCUCCACGCUCGCGACAUUCACAGACAACAAGGGCGAUAUCCUCUCUCUCGCCUUUUCCCCCGAUGGCAAGUAUCUCGCAUCCGCCGACGCGGCGGGCAGGAUCAUUUUGGUAGAUGUGGAAGAGAAGAAGACGGCGGUGACGAGUAAAUGGACGUUCCAUACGGGACGGGUGGUGGCGCUGAGCUGGGCGAGGGAUAGUAGGAGGCUGGCGUCGGCGGGGUUGGAUGAGGCGAUUUAUGUUUGGGAUACGCAGAAGCAGUUGAACAAUAUCGCUAUCAAGAAUGCUCAUCCGGGGGGUGUGGCUGGUGUUUCGUGGGUUGGUAAUACCAAGCUUGUGAGCGCUGGUGCGGACGGGUGUGUGAGAACUUGGACUGUGCCGGCGUUGUAG